GCUGGUGGCGCCUGGCGGCUGUGUGGUGGCGGCAGGUUUGGAAUGGGAGGUGGCCGUCGGAGCUGGGCGGUUCUGCAGGAGCGGCCUGAGGGGCGAGCGACGCUGCCUGUGAGCGGCGAAGGGUCCGAGUCAUCGCGGUGCUAAAAGUAGGUAACCAUCCAUACCAAAUACCUGGAACUUUGAAAGGUUUGCUAUCCUAACACUACAUAAUGUAGUGUUAUGUUAAUGCUACAUCAGCAAAUAAAUUGGAAUAAAGUUUACAAGAUGCCAGCUGUUGAAGAUCGGAGUGGUGAACAAAACUUCGUUGCACAUUGGAUGUCUGAUACUUCCCGUGCUGGAGUCUUAUUAGAUCCUACUUUUACUGGUUUGAAAAUCAACAAAGAAAACUUAUUAUCUGGACGUGAAAACAUCACACUCUUCCCUCCUGAAGCGGUGCAUUGUUCAGACAGCUGUUCUCUAAGCGAUGACUCCUUGUGUGAAGAAUCUGGCAGCUCUUGUGCAUUUCAGCGAUAUCCCACUGAAAUAUCUUUUCCAGCAGCAGCACGUAACGUAGAAACUUCUGAACCAGACUUUGUCCAUGGGGAAGUGGAUGGUCAGAAUAAAUCUGAUCACAGUGAUCCACUCUUACAAAAGCUUGAACAGUUGAAGGAAUUGCAACAACAGAAACAGGAACAGCUAAAGAAACAACAGAUGGAGCGACUUCAAAGGCUAAUGGAAGAGCAGCAGAAGCUACUUAGUAUAGUAUCUGGCCAGACAGCUGUUCUUGGAAGAAACAUGUGGUGUCCAGAACAAAAGAUGGAAACAUUAAUGGACGGUGAAGAACAUGACAUUGAUCCUUUAUGUGUGGAAAGUGCAGAUCUCUCUGAAAAUUCCAGCGGAGGAAAACAUUUAUGGACUCCUACAGAUGAAAGGCCUAUUAAAGCCACGAUGCAGGAGAAGAAACAGACAUUUGAAGAAUUCCUGGAAGAACAGAUAAAGCUAGAAGAGCAGCGUCUGGAGCAAACCCAAAAGUUACAGGAACCAAAUGGAUCAGCCAUUCAAAAACCAGUCAUCAAACGACCAUUCCUGAAAAGAGGAGAAGGCUUAAGCAGAUGCGCUAAUGCCAAAUCUAAAAUUACAAAACUUAGAGAAAACACUCCAAAUCUUCAGCAAAGGCCUUCAGAUGACAGCAAUGUUAUUAAAGUGGACAGAUCACAAAUACAGAAGAAAACUAUGUGCCCUGGCAAAGAACUGGUUUCUGAGAACUCUUUUGCACAGUGUAAAAACUAUAACCACCCAGCUAAAGCAAAACGUCUUAUUCAGAAGACCCUGGUACUCAGGAAUCACAAUGGAAAAAAUAUCUCACCAUUAGAAACAAGACUGCAACCAAGAAAAAAUCCUAACGGACAGAUGAGAGAUUCUUUCCCAUCAGAAAUUAAUAACAAAAUAGAAAAUAAAGAGAAUGUAAUAGAAUGUGCUAAGUCUAAUGCUGGCAAAACUGUAAACAAAUUACCUGCUGCAGAAAAGCCUCGGUUGUCUCAUGAGCUGGCCAGUGCCUUUCCUAAUUCUAAAAGUCCUAUAGGUCACCCUGUAGAAGAUCCAGAAGCGUCUUUUGAAGUUUCAUUUCAGAAUAAGCUGGAAAACUGGGAAAAAGAAAAAGACAAAGAGAAUCUAGAAUUAGAUGAAUUUUUGUUUCUGGAACAAGCUGCAGAUGAAAUAUCUUUCUCAAGUAAUUCCUCGUUUGUCCAAAGAAUCUUAGAUCUUGAUCGGCAAACUUUAAAAGGCCGUAGAAUGUCUUCUACCCCUAUCAAGGCAAAAGAGCAGCAAAUAAAGGCGCUGGCUGUUGAAUUUACAAAUAAGAGAAAUAAAAAGGCAGAUUGUACAGUGCAAGGAAAUAUAAAUGAUAGGGCAGUUAUGCACACAGUCUCAAAUUCAGGAGCAGGCUUUAGAAUGAAGGAUCCAUUGAAUAAAAUGGACAGUGUAAUAUUUUCAGCUUCCUCCGCAACAACAGCUCCUGCUUUAAAAAGUAAUCAAUGGAUUGUAAAUGAAGAUAAAGGUGAGGACAGUGGUGAGACUACUACAGAUUCUGAGAGUGAAUUUGAGACCACAUUAAAGCAUGAAAAUGAAGAUGCUAAGACAUCCUUUAUGAACUGUGGAGAAAGUAAUCACGAAUUUCUUGAUUAUGGGGUUUCUGUUACAGACAUCAACAAAGAAAGCAGAAAUGGAGAUGCUGACCUUGGCUUGUUAGACAAAGAUUGCAGUGCCCCAUCGAAGCAAAAGGUUGGGAAAGCUUCAGACCAUCAGAGAAGUGUGUCUUGUAUAAGUAGGAGUAAGUUUGAAUUUGAUGAUGAAAGAACAUGGAGUGAUCUUGAUGAAAAUUAUAUUAACAGUGAUUUACCUGAAAAAUAUACUGAAAUACCUCUACAGAUGGACUUUUCCAGUAAGAACGAUACAACUGUCCCAGAUAGAGCAAUAAAGAGAAAAGUUGUCUCAAAGAGGGGAGGUGAAACGUCUAAGGAGUCUGCAGUGGACAGUGAGUCAAAUGAACGUCCUGUAUCAAACCUGAUGAUGAAGCUAUUUCCUUCACUGAAACCAAAACAGAAGGCAGGCUGUCAUUUGGAGCGUGAAAUCAAAGCAAACAUAGAACAGGAGCCAGAAGGCGGAAGAACAGCAACUGGAAACACUGUCCCAUCCCAGGUACUGAGAGAGAAACUCAUGGAAUUGGAAACUGAAAUAGAGAGAUUCAGAGCAGAAAACACAACUCUAACUAAACUCCGUGAGGAAAGAGAGCGUGCCUUGGCCAAUAUCAGGAAAGAAAUUGCAGACUUUCAGCAGCAGAAGGCCCAAGAACUGGCUGAAAUAGAAGAAUACAAGAAAAAGGAAAUGAAAAAACUGCAGAAGGAGCGUAGAGUUUUUGAAAAAUACACCACAGAAGCCAGAGCAAUUCCAGAUAAAAAAGAACGUGAUGAAAUUCAGGCUUUAAAACAGCACAUUGUGGAGUUACAGGAAGAUUUAAAACGAAAAGAGGCAAAAUGGUCAACCACCCAUCGACGCCUGAAAGAUCAAAUAGAAGUUUUAGUAAAUGAGAAUAUGGAGCUAAAAGAGGAAAUCAAAAUUAUGGAGAGGUUUCGUUUAGAAGCCUGGAAGAAAGCAGAAGCUGCUGGAAGCAAGAGGAAAAUAGAAAAUUCUGGGAUGACUCUAAGAAGAGCAGAAUGUUGUCUACCAACUAAAGGCCCAAAAGGUCAAACUGCAUCUCUGCUUCCUCCAGUACAGAAGUGCAGCAAGAUAAAUGGUGAAAGUUAUUCACAGGCAAAAGGAAAGCUUUCCAGAACACCUGCCUCAGCACCUGCCAGUGACAGGAGCAACUCUGAGACAAUGCCAGUCCUAGAAGAUUCUUCUAGGACUUCUGUGGUAGACACCUCUCCUAAUGAAGCUCCUGUGUCGCUGCCAUCUGGAUCCGCAGAUCUAGAGAGUGAAGAGGUAGAGAGAGAAACUGCUUAUCCUGAUGGAAAGGUUGAAAAGGUUUUGAAAAAUGGCUGUCACCUCACAUUUUUCCCCAAUGGGACGUGGAAAAAAGUGGGUUCUGAUGGAAAGACUGUAACUAUAACCUUCUUCAAUGGGGAUGUGAAGCAGAUCAUGCCUGAUCAAACAGUGAUUUAUUAUUAUGCUGAUGCUAAGACAACCCAUACCACAUAUGCUGAUGGCUUAGAGGUCUUGCAGUUUUCAAAUGGACAAAUAGAGAAGCAUUAUCCUGAUGGCAAGAAAGAAAUUAUUUUCCCUGACCAAACUAUUAAAAAUUUAUUUACGGAUGGGCAAGAAGAAAGUAUCUUACCCGACGGUACCAUCCUCCGUGUUCAGCGAGAUGGAAGCAAAACUAUCGAGUUCAAUAAUGGUCAGAGGGAACUACACACGUCAGAGUUCAAGAGGCGGGAGUAUCCGGAUGGCACCGUGAAGACCGUGUAUGUGAAUGGACAGCAGGAGACAAAGUACGUCUCUGGGCGAGUAAGAGUCAAGGACAAGGAUGGGAACGUUAUCAUGGACACGAAGUUGUAGGUGAUGUCAAAACUGUUGGAAGUUUUAGUACAUCAACAAAUUGUACAUUGCUGUAAACAAGAGACCCCCCUUUGAACUUGCUGAGUAAAUAUUAUUUAUAGU